AAUUUGUAGUGUUAUAGUUUGUUUUGUAAUUUGUAGGUUAAGAUUUGAGCAGAACAGCAGAAGUUAAAUAUAAAAUUAUUAUUUUGUCAAACUUGUUUACUCUUAUGGUAAUAUGCCUGAAAAAAUAUAUGUCUAAUUUCAUUGUUUGAUUUGAAGAGAGAGAAAAAUUGUACUAUGUUACAAAAUUGUUUUCACCAGUGUAGGUGUUGAAGGCAUUAUGAAUGCUACGACAAUUACAAUGAAUGGUCUUGAUAAUGUACCGCAUUGCAAACGACUACCCUUCAACAGACAACGACAGCCGAGCACUGAUAGUGAUACCAGUUCGGAAGUUGAUAAUAGAUCAAUGGAAGGACCCGGUGCCAACGAAUAUAAGUUCAUCGAAAACUCACACUCCAAUAAAAUACUAGAAGGACUUAACGAACUAAGAAAGAGUGGGCAAUUCUGUGAUGUAAACCUAUCAGUUAGUGGUCAAAUAUUUCCAGCACAUAGGAAUGUGCUGGCCUCAUUUAGUCCCUACUUCAGUGAGGCUGCCUCCAGUUCCUCGAGCGUCACAUGGACUCGUCCAACUGCCUCGGCAUCCACUGUUUUCGCCGAGCAGCACGCAUGCGCAGACCUCCAGACCAAGGCCAAGAGCUAUGCGCUGCAGAACUUCCUCGAGUCACUGCUUUCGGCCGCCAACCUUCUACAAGUGUUGCCUGUGAAAGAGGCUGCCUGCCAGUUCCUCGAGCGUCACAUGGACUCGUCCAACUGCCUCGGCAUCCACUGUUUCGCCGAGCAGCACGCAUGCGCAGACCUCCAGACCAAGGCCAAGAGCUAUGCGCUGCAGAACUUCCUCGAGGUCUGCCAGCAUGAGGAGUUCCUCCAGUUGUUGCCGAUGAAGCUGAUCGAGUUGACUUCGAAUGACAAUCUGGUGGCCGAGAAAGAGGAGGCAGUUUUUCUCGCCGUCGCAAGGUGGCUCAACCAUAAGCACGAAGAGCGCAAGCUAGAUUUUCACAAGGUUCUGGAAACUGUGAGACUACCCCUGCUGAGUGUCUACUUUCUGCACGACUGUGUGGAGAGCAUGCCAGCUGUGAAGCAGAAUCCCAGCUGUUGUCAGCUGGUCGAAGAGGCAAAGCUCUAUCACCUGCUGCCCGAUCGUCGCCAGAUGUUCUCCUCCUCGAGAACCAAGCAGAGGAACAACGCUGACACCAUCGAGGUUAUUGUAGCAGUGGGUGGAGAAGACGACAAAGUAGUUUUACGUUCAGUUGAAUGCUAUUGUACCAAAACAAACACAUGGAAGCCCAUCGCCUGUCUGCCGUUUGCUGUUAGUAAACACGGUCUGGUGGCGUCGGGCAAGAACACCCUGUACUUAGCUGGUGGGGAGUUCCCUGAUGGGAGUGCUUCGCAGUCUGUGUGGCGCUACGACCCAAUCCUCGACUACUGGCAAGAAAUGGCAUCCAUGUUGGUUCCUCGCUCGGAACUCGGUACAGUCAACAAUACUAAUCACCUAUAGUGAGGUCCACGUUAU